CCGGAUAACAAUACCCCAUCUUUAGGUGCAUGUAAGACAGGGGCAAACGGGAUAUAUUUAGCACCACAUUACGCCUCCCUAGUCUACAUAAUUCUGGACACUACAAAAACUUACACUAGGGUAAGAGGUAGGCAACCAUGACUUCUACAAAGAUCCGACUUGCUACUGCAUCCCCCGGGACGCAAGCGACUACCAAGGAGACCCUCGCACAGCUUCACCACAUCGCCCAGCGUGCCGCGGCUAAAAAGGCUGACAUCCUAGUACUCCCGGAAGCCUAUCUCGGCGGCUACCCCCGGGGCUCAGAUUUCGGAUGCAAAAUAGGGUCUCGUACUGCAGAGGGCCGCGAUGAUUACCUGCGCUACUUCAAGAGCGCCGUGGAUCUGGGGGACACUGUUGGCGACGGGGCCGGAGCCGGCGAAGCCUGGGUCAGACGACAGUUGAGCAUUGUCGACGCUGUCGUAACUGGCGAUGCUGCUGCGCAGGGGCCGGUGAACAGGGGUGACGGGACGAGAGAGGAAGUCGAGCGAAUCGCGAGGGAGACGGGCGUCUUCGUCGUGGUGGGGCUCGUGGAAAAGGCAGGGGGUAGCUUGUAUUGCUCCGUCAUAUAUGUUUGCCCUAAGCUAGGGGUUAUCGGGAAAAGGAGAAAAGUCCAGCCAACAGGCACGGAACGACUUAUCUGGGCGCAAGGAUCGACUGCGACCCUCAAAGCCGUGAGCACCACAAUCCGCGGCGUCCGUAUAAACCUGGCUGCCGCCAUCUGCUGGGAGAACUAUAUGCCACUCCUACGACAGAGCCUCUACGCCCAAAAUGUUAAUCUAUACCUCGCGCCUACGGCAGACGGUCGCGACGCUUGGUUGUCGUUGAUGCGCACCGUAGCCAUCGAGGGCCGCUGCUUCGUCGUCAGCUCCAACAUGUGCGUGCGUGGAGAUGCCGCCGCGGAUCCCGCAGCCACGCAUACCCGCAAGCAUGGAGUUGCAACUAGUAGUAGCGACCACCAAAAGGCCGCUACAAGAAGACGGAACUCGUUUAUGACCGAAGACGGCUUCGAGAUCGCACUGCCCGUAUCUCCGACCUCCCCGGGUGUAUCUGGGAAACCGAGGGUGGCGAUGAGCCGGGGCAGGAGAAGGUCUGUGUUUGACGAGGAUGGCAAUGAGAUCGCGAUUCCCGAAGGUGACCCGACGGCAUCCGCUGUAGUCGAAGAAGAAGAGCACUCGGCGCGGGUUAAGACCGCCGACUCUCCAGCGUUGGCGAAGACUCCUGCUGCAGCACCAAGCAACAGCUUCGUUUCUCGCGGCGGAUCCAGCAUCGUCUCUCCUUUCGGAGAUGUCCUCGCUGGCCCGCAAUGGGAGGACGAGGAAGGGAUUAUCUACGCGGACGUUGACUUCGACGAUUGCGUUCGCGGAAGGCUGGAUUUGGAUGCGGCGGGGAGUUAUUCGAGGAAUGACUCUUUCAAAUUCUCUGUAGUGGGCCUGGAUCUUGAUCCCUUGCCAUACUACUAGUUUCCUUUCCCCUCGAUUUGCUUUUCGUCUGUAUCUUUCCCAAGUCCUGGCGAUGAUCUCGUUGAAGGUAGUACAGUAUAGGGUAUUAUUUGGUCUAGCCCUAGGAGGUAGUUGGUUGUGUGAAUCUCUGAGACCCGGGCUGUUGGAAAGUUUAUACGUAGGUACCUAAUACCUACAACCCCUUAUUCAUAUAGAAAUACCACCCCAUUCAUUCAUUCAU